GGGGGGAAGGCGGAAAAGCGAGGCAGGGUUAGACUUAUCUGAUGCGGCUGAAAUUCCAGGUGGGGGAGUAAAAAGGGGACAUGAACCUCCAGUGCAGUUUUUCCUGCUGAACCAAGAUUUGUUUUGCCUUUGUUUUUGUUUUUAAAGGAAAAGGGGAUUUCCCCUCCUAUUUUACCCCCUUUGAAUAUUUUUGCUCUUCUGCUCGAUCUCUCUGGGACUAUACAGAUUCCUGAUCAGUGGGGCAGUGGGGUUGUGUACUCCCCCAAACUGGCAAGCGUCUUUUUUUUAUUGUUACCAUUCUUGUUAGAGUGACAAGCAUCCAAGCUGAAGAUUUUUUUUUAAAAAAAAAACCAAAAACUUUUUGUUGUUGUUUUUUCUGCCGGAGAAGGCUUUUCCUGCACAAAGGUAUACAAAUGCUCUCAGUUCAGCCAGACACCAAGCCGAAAGGUUGUGCUGGCUGCAACCGUAAGAUCAAAGACCGGUAUCUUCUAAAGGCCCUGGACAAAUACUGGCAUGAGGACUGCCUGAAGUGUGCGUGCUGUGACUGCCGAUUAGGAGAGGUGGGCUCGACCUUGUACACCAAAGCCAACCUUAUCCUGUGUCGCAGAGACUACCUGAGGUUAUUUGGCGUGACAGGAAACUGCGCUGCCUGCAGCAAACUCAUCCCUGCUUUUGAAAUGGUGAUGAGAGCCAAGGAAAAUGUUUACCACCUGGACUGCUUUGCAUGUCAACUUUGUAAUCAGAGAUUUUGUGUGGGAGACAAAUUUUUCCUAAAGAACAACAUGAUUCUCUGCCAGACGGACUAUGAGGAGGGUUUAAUGAAAGAAGGUUACGCGCCGCAAGUUCGCUGAUCCGGUUCCACGACGCAAAGAACAUAGAAGCACUACUUUUUCUUUCUUUUUUUGCUCAACAUGUAUACGAAACAAUGGCGGAACCUACUGAAUAGCGUAGAUAUAGAGAGACAGGAGGGUCAUGUGGAAUAGGAGGCGGACUGCAAAUGUAUGUCGUGGAAAUUGCACCCGUUCACAGUUGAAUGUUUAUUAAAAGAUAAUGUACAUACUGCUGGAGUUUUGGGGGUUCUUUUCCUUUUGGCUUGUUGCUUGGGGUUUCGUUUCUUUCCGUUUCCCCCUUUUUGUGUCAUUUGGCAUGAGAUGCUUAUUUCGGACCAAUGUAUAUAAUGUAUUGUAAUAUUCGAAGCACAAAUGUAAUACAGUUUUAUUGUGUUA